AUGAGCAACCGUAACGGAUUACUCGAUCUGGAGAAGCAUUUCGCCUUCUACGGAGCUUACCACAGCAACCACGUAAACAUAAUCAUCCACACACUAUUCGUAUGGCCUAACGUCUUCGCGACCCUCCUUUUCCUCUACUCCACGCAACCGUUUCUAGAUCGCUCUCAACUAGGUUUCAUCGAAGCGUUGACUUUUGACGGUGUCUUGCGCUUGGACAUUGGUUUUAUCCUCACUGUUGGGGUAGCUUCUCAGCUCUUAUGCUGGACCGGUCAGUUCCUAGGUCACGGUUUGUUUGAGAAACGAGCUCCUGCGCUUCUAGACAAUCUAGUCCAAGCUUUUCUGAUGGGUCCUUACUUCGUGUUGCUCGAGGUGAUGCAGUCUGGUUUUGGAUACGAGCCAUACCCUGGAUUCAAAGCACGUGUUGACUGCAAGAUAGAGAAUGAUAUCAAGGAAUGGAGAGAGGAGAAGCAGAAGAAGAAGAAGCUCACCUAA